CUAGUCGGAGGGCAAGAAACACACCUUAAAGGCAAAGCUGCUUAGAGGCGGUGGCCUGGCUAGGCCUGUGCCUUUAACACCGUCCUGAGGCCCAGUAGGAGCAGCCACAGCCGCAGGACCGGCCGGACAGACCGACAGUCAGCCAACUAGUGGCUGCAGCACCAUGGAGCCCUCAGCCCUGGCCAUCGUCCAUGUGGACUUCCCCGAGGUCACUAGCGCCUUGCUGGAGAACCUAAAUCAACAGCGGGUGGAAGGCAAGCUGUGCGACAUCUCGAUCCAUGUCCAGGGGCGGGUCUUCCGGGCCCACCGGGCGGUGCUGGCUGCCUCCUCGCCCUACUUCCACGACCAGGUGCUCCUCAAGAACAUGACGUCCAUCGUGCUGCCCAGCGUCAUGGACCCCGUGGCGUUCGAGACGGUUCUGGGCUCUGCCUACACGGGCAAGCUGAGCAUGGCCUCGGAUGAGAUCGUCAACUACCUGACGGUGGGCAGCGUCCUGCAGAUGUGGCACAUUGUGGACAAGUGCACUGAGCUGCUGAAGGAGAGGCGUGGGGCCUUCCUUGGGCCUUCCUCCUCCUCCUCCUUCCGGGCCCACUCCAGCCGCACCAGUGACAACCAGUCCCCCAGCAGCAGCAACUACUUCAGCCCACGCGACACAGGCGAUGGCCCCGAACACAGCAAGUACAAUGCACGGGGGACCUUGGCCAACGAGCGCGAGGGCUCGGAGGACCACGAGGAGGAGGUCAUCUUCCAGGCAGAAAAGGGCCCCUCACGCUGCCCUGACCCUUUUGCCGGCGGGGGCAGCAAGUUCAUUCUGGAGACCGACGAUGACAUCAGCGACAGCGGAGAGCCCGGCAGCAGUGAAGGGCGCCGGCCGGCCUACGUGCGUCCCAGCAUCAUGCCCCAGAAGCAGUGGGUCUUCAUCAAGAAGGAGCGCUCCCAGGAGGAUCUGGUGCUGACCUGCGAGGAAGACGAGGACCCCGUGGAGGUGGCCGGGCCCACCCCCGAGACCGCCCUCAGCAUCAGCGACGUGCGUACUUUGACUGACCCUGGUGGCGGAGGCAGCAGCAAGCUGGAGGAGCAAGUCAACUUCUGCGAGUCCUCAGAGGAUUUUCCUUCGCCCUACGAGGGCCUGGAGGACGCCUCGCCCCUCCCUGGUGGCAGCUCUUCCUCCUUCUCUUCGCCACGCUCCCUCCUGCCGAUGGACAUGCAGGGCAACCAGAUCAUGAUCUUCCCGCCGCAGGCCCCUGUGGAGCACGGAGCAGUGCAGCUGGCGGCCAGCUCGGGUGACGGCAACAAGAUCUUCAUGUGCCACUGUGGCAAGGCCUUCUCCCACAAGAGCAUGCGCGACCGGCACGUCAACAUGCACCUCAACCUGCGCCCCUUUGACUGCCCCGUCUGCAACAAGAAGUUCAAGAUGAAGCACCACUUGACAGAGCACAUGAAGACGCACACUGGCCUGAAGCCCUAUGAGUGCGACGUCUGUGCCAAGAAGUUCAUGUGGCGGGACAGCUUCAUGCGUCACAAGGGCCACUGCGAGCGGCGCCAUCGCCUCGGAGGGGCAGCGGGUGGAGGAGGAGGAGGAGGAGGCGGCUCAGGCGCCCCAGUGGCCUCUGGGCCUGUCAAGAAGGAGGCUUCUCCCUCCCAAGUAAGCGGAGAUGCUGAAUGGGGCACACCGGGGAGGUCACCACGCAGCGAACUUGCCUUCGCAGGGAGCAGCAAGAUGUAAAGCAAGGGGGCUGCAGGAGUGGGGGGCCGUGGGGAGGAGACUGUCUCAGCAGCAGUGACUGCCCCCCACAGUCCACCCCCCACCCCACUUCUGCCUGACUGCAUUGGAGAUGACUUUUGCCCCUUUACCUGAAAGCGCUGUGAUGCGCUUCCACUAGUGAUGGUGGGGUUGUAGACUGGGUUUGGGGAGUGGGGAGUGCUAGACUUGGUGCCAACAGACUUGCCGCCCUCCGAGCUGUGGCAGGGCCUCUGUUAGGCACGCUGCCUCCUCCCAUCGUGCCCUGAGCCGACAGCUGGAGGGGGGACCCUGGACACCCGGCUCCAGCCCACAUCUCAGGCUUCCCCUGUGGUGGUGGUGGGGAGGCGUCUCCUCCUGGCUUCAGGACUGGCACUGGAGGAGGCUCUGGCUCCUCCCUCAUACCCUGCCUCUGUUCUUAGUUGGCGUCCUCUGUGUGUUUGAAUGGGGAGGAGAGCUGCCUUCACUUUGGAGGACCCUGAACACUAAACCUGCCCUGUGCUGUCUAGUUGGAGUUGGGGGGGAUCCUUUCAUGUAGCCGCUGGCACCCCCAGCUAUCUGUGUUUUUGUCCUGUGUGCGUGUCUGUUCGUGUGUGUCUCUGCUGUUGUAGAUUGCCUCUGUAAGAGAUGGCGCUGCCUUGCGUGGGCUCCCACAAUAAGGACAGUGCCGGGGGUGGUGGAGGGAGCCGGUGCUUUCUAACCCCUCCCAGAACAACUUCCCUCUCCAUGAGACGGGGUCUCCAGCUGCCUCUUGCUCCCUUCUGAAAUGGUGCUCUCCCCUUGACCAGUCAUGCCACCCCCUUUCCUUGUCCCCCACCCCACAGCCAGUUGUGUGACUCUACUGGGAGGAAGUUGAGAUCCAGGACACUUGUGGGGUCUGUGUGUGUGUGUGUCCCCUUAUUCCUGAGUGCCCCCUGGGUUUAGCAGCCCUUGUUUAUCUUUAUCACACUCUGCCCUGCAUCCUGUUCUUCCUGUGGCUCCAUUUAGUUUGAAGUUUUUGUAACCUACCGUACCUACCCGAAUCAAAGAUGACUCUGAAUUUAAGACGAUCCCCUUAAAAAGUAGAGGUUAAAUACAGGUUAUACCUGCAUUUACUCAAAAGGAACAGGACUCUGAAUUUAAGAUUUCUAGUAUUAAAAAAAUGGGGGGCGAGGGCGGGAACCAGUCUUGGAUUCAGGUAAAUACAGUAAUCUGGUUUGGGCCUCUCUUCCACCCCCCCACCUUAAUUUUCUUAAGAAAACUCGCUAUAAAUAUUUAUUGAUCUGUUUAA